CGAAAAUCCUCCCUACUUUACACUCUAGCUGGACGUUGUUGUUCGCAUUCAAGACUUCAAGUCCAUUUUCUCUCUCCUAAAAAGUGGAUUAUUGGGGGAAAAUUUGCAACGAGAAUCGCUUCGAAGGCAAGCUAGAAAAGUCGAAACAAACCCUAACCCCAGCGAUUUUGUUGUUACGAAGGAGAGAGAAACUGAAAAGGAGCGCUCACAUUUUUAUUCGAUAUCACUGAUUACGAUUGCUUUCCUCACCAGCUCACCUUUUUAGAUCUCUUUAAAUUACUCAACUUUUUCCAGCAAUGUUGAUAUAAUUUUUCAUCUUUAUUCCGAGUUAAUUUUGCUUAAUUUGAAGUGGAGAUGGCGUCAAAGUACAGCUCUAAAACGAGAAAAACGGUGAAUUCUGCAUCAACUUCAACCACAUCGUCGUCGAAGCAGUUUCUAGAAACUUCGGUUGAGUGUCAGACUUCGCCGGUGUCGUCGUCGGCGAGGAGUAAGCCUCAUCAUCAAUACUUCCACUCGGUUAGUCCUGCUGUUGAUACUGAUAAAUUGAAGGAGAAUGUCACCGUCACGGUUCGCUUUCGUCCACUCAGUCCUAAGGAAAUCCGGCAGGGAGAGGAAAUUGCGUGGUAUGCUGACGGCGAGACAGUUGUGAGGAGUGAGCAUAAUCCGUCAAUAGCUUACGCCUAUGACCGAGUAUUUGGGCCCACCACCACGACACGACAUGUUUAUGAUGUUGCUGCUCAGCAUGUUGUCAAUGGUGCGAUGGAGGGCAUCAAUGGCACUAUGUUUGCUUAUGGUGUGACCAGCAGUGGGAAGACUCACACAAUGCAUGGAGAUCAGAGAUCCCCUGGAAUCAUACCUUUGGCUGUGAAGGAUGCUUUUAGUAUCAUCCAAGAGACUCCUAGCCGGGAAUUUCUCCUUCGCGUGUCAUAUAUAGAGAUAUAUAAUGAGGUUGUAAAUGACUUAUUGAAUCCAGCCGGACAGAAUCUAAGAAUCAGAGAGGACCAUCAGGGAAUCUUCAUCGAAGGAGUGAAAGAGGAGGUGGUGCUGUCCCCUGCACACGCAUUGUCAUUGAUUGCUGCUGGUGAAGAACAUAGGCAUGUUGGUUCCACCAACUUCAAUCUUCUUAGCAGCAGAAGUCAUACAAUAUUUACUCUGACUAUUGAGAGCAGUCCUUGUGGUGACAACAGCGAAGGAGAAGCUGUUAACCUCUCUCAGCUGCAUCUCAUCGAUCUGGCAGGUUCCGAGAGCUCCAAAGCCGAGACCACCGGUGUCCGGCGGAAGGAAGGGUCUUAUAUAAACAAAAGCCUGCUGACUCUUGGAACAGUCAUAUCGAAAUUAACAGAAGGCAGGUCUACACAUAUACCAUACAGGGAUUCCAAAUUAACUAGGCUGCUUCAAUCCUCAUUAAGUGGUCAUGGACGUGUUUCACUCAUUUGCACUGUAACUCCUGCAUCAAGUAAUGCAGAGGAAACACAUAACACACUGAAGUUUGCACAUCGUGCAAAAUGUAUUGAAAUCCAAGCAGCACAAAAUAAGAUAAUUGAUGAGAAGUCACUUAUAAAGAAGUAUCAGAGUGAGAUUCGCUUGCUAAAGGAAGAAUUGGAACAGUUGAAGAAGGGUAUUCUCUGUGUUCCUCAACAUAAAGUCAGUGGAGGAGAAGAUAUUGUGUUAUUAAAACAGAAGCUAGAAGAUGGCCAGGUCAAACUGCAAUCACGCUUGGAAGAAGAGGAAGAAGCUAAAGCAGCUCUCUUGUCUAGAAUACAACGGCUGACAAAAUUAAUAUUGGUCUCCACUAAAUCUUCUCAGUCGUCAAGGUUGCCAAACCGUUCUGGUCCAAGGAGAAGGCAUUCCUUUGGGGAAGAAGAGCUUGCUUAUCUUCCACACAAGAGACGGGAUAUGAUUCUGGAUGAUGAGAACAUUGACUUGUACAUUGGGCAUGAUGGAAAUGCUGAGAAUCCAGAUGACACAUCAAAGGAGAAGAAGUCUCGGAAAAAUGGGCUUUUAAACUGGCUAAAGAUUCGGAAGAAAGACAGUAGCUUGGGUGCUAGCAGUGACAAGUCAAGUGUGGUGAAAUCAAAUAGUACACCUUCAACCCCACAAGCAGAAAGUGUUAAUCUCAAUGCAGAAUCCAGAGUUUCUCAGUCUCUGCUUACUGAAAGGACUAAUUCUACGGAACUUUCACCUUUGGCUGGACAGGACAGAGAAACUCAUGAGGAUUUUUCUGGACAGGAGACACCUCUGACAAGUACAAAAUCAGUCGAUCAGAUUGAUCUUCUCAGGGAGCAGAAAAAGAUUCUGUCUGGUGAGGUUGCACUUCAUUCAAGUGCUUUGAAACGUUUGUCUGAAGAAGCAGCAAAAAAUCCCAAGAAGGAGCAGAUCCAUAUCGAAAUAAGGAAACUAAGAGAAGAAAUCAGGGCUAAAAAUGAACAAAUAGCUUCCCUUGAGAAGCAAAUUGCUGAUACUGUGGCUGCCAACUAUGACAAGAUGGACGAUUCUGAAAUGUCACAAACUGUUGCUGAACUUGUGAGCCAAUUGAAUGAGAAGUCUUUUGAACUGGAGGUCAAAAUUGCAGAUAAUCGGAUAAUCCAAGAACAGCUGGACCAGAAGAUUGGCGAAGUUGAAACAUUACAAGGAGAGAUUAGUUCCUUGAAGCAGCAACUUUCUGAGGCCUUGGAAUCCAGAAAUCUAAACCAAUCAUUCAGUGAUCUGCAGCAGUGUGGGGGAAAGCAAUCCAUAUUUGAGGGAGUUGAGAUGAACAAGGAAAACAGGUCCUUGGUAGAUACGAGUGAAAAGUUGCUUUUGCGUGCCCAGUUCUCUGAGAUUGAAGAACUGAAGCAGAAAUUGACUGACCUAACUGAGACAAAGGAACAGCUAGAACAACGAAAUAAAAAGCUGGCAGAGGAGAGUUCAUAUGCCAAAGGAUUGGCUUCUGCUGCAGCUGUUGAAUUAAAGGCGUUGUCAGAGGAGGUUUCCAAGCUGAUGAAUCAGAAUGAAAAGCUUUCUACAGAGAUAACAACUUUAAAGAAUCCCCCCACUCAGCGUAGAUCAGUAGGAGCACCAAGAAAUGGAAGGAGAGAGAAUCAAGUGAAACGCCAUGAACAGGGCCCGAGCACCUCGGAUCUUAAGAAGGAGUUGGCCAUUAGCAAAGAGCGAGAGCUUGCAUAUGAAUCUGCCCUCCAAGAGAAGGACCAAAGAGAUGCAGAACUCCAGAAAAAAGUGGAAGAAUCCAAACAACGAGAAGCAUACUUAGAGAACGAACUUGCAAACAUGUGGAUUCUUGUGGCGAAGCUAAAGAAAUCACAAGGAGCCGAUUCUGAAAUCAAUGAGCCAGAGAGAGCCAGAGAGAGCCAGAGAACUGACAAUUGGUAAUUUUUUGACAAAUGUUUACAUUUGUUACAAAUUGUACAAAAGCUGGGGGAGGGGGUUGUAAAUUGAAAUGCGGAACUGUGGUUAGUAUCAGGGUUCUCUAACAAAUUCUUGUAGAUUUUGCUGUGAGUGCUUACGCGUGAGCUUUUUAUGUUAUUGAUACCCUGAUUCUGUUGUAAUUAAUGCCAAUCAAGUUCCCUUUUGGCUGAUUUCCCA